GAGACACUGUAUUACUCAAUAUCGCAACCUGUUGGAUCACCUUCGACCGGCAGACUUCAUUUGGCGUCCAUACCUUAAUAUGGAUCAUGAGCAUCAGAUCAACCCUGAAGACGCAGCCGUAUGGACAACAUGCACACCAAUAAUACGGUUCACAACAGUGGAGCUGCACAACACCGAUCGUGUGAAGCUGCAGUUUGGUAUGGUCCAGAAUAUCCCAGAUCCCCCAGCUAGCCUAGGAGAAUGGCAUAUGCGUAAAGUGAACGACCAAUGGAACUUCAACCCUUGGCAACAAUUCGCAAGAUCAGAGUGUCGCAAGUGGAAGCACCGUCAUGACCAUGUCUUAACUGACGCAGUCAUGCCAAAUGAGGUAAAACCAAGUCGUACUUAUAUGGCUUGGUAUAGAUCAGUUGGAUUUCAAUUCAUCGCCGAUGAUAUGUACCUCUACGACCCACGCCAGACAACUUACACACAAGAAGCCUCAACAUCUAACCCCCAACAACAUUCUCAGCCCAAUUACUCACAACCACCUAUCCGACAAACUUUCCGUUCCACAAACACACAAACAUACAACCAAAACAUGCCAUUCACCCAACCCCAAAACCAAGAACAUCCCCCAUACCACCACCAACAAAUGGACCAUCAACCUUCGACCGAACAUCGCUUCGCACCCACACCAUCACCCUACCAAAGUCGCCUUACCCAAAACACUAACCGCCCCAUCACCUACCGUAGCCAAGAACCCCAAACAUCACAAUACCAAAACAUCCCACAACCAUAUCUCUUCCAAACACCCCAACAACCUUUCCAACCUUUCCUAGACCCAUCAUUGUCACCCAUGUCCCCCUUCAACCGUCCUGGUCGCCCAUCCAUGAGUCAACCACACCCCAACUUCUCUGGCAUGGGUCAUGAGCUCAGCUACGCCGGUACACCAUCAUUGAAUACUGAAGACUAUGCUGAGUUGGCUCAAUACCUCAACGGAUCUUCUCCUGUAGGCGGUAAUGACGCUCCUGGACCAUCAGAUGAACAAACACCGGUUCAGAAUCGUCAACGUGGGUUAGGGCCAAGGGUUAGGAUAGCUAGGGGAUGUGGGACCGGAGGUCGGUUAGGUGAUCCCGGUCAUCACCAUUAGGAUUCAUUGUGUAAAAUCCAAAUUUUAUUAAUAUCAAUUCGUAUUAUGUCAAA